AUGUCGACAGCGGAUCCCAAAGGCAGGCGAUCUCGAUUGAUGGACAUAUUGGGCGGAAGAAGCCAAGCCAAAACCACAGAACAACCGAUCCCAAAUUCGAGUUUGGACAGCCAGCUUGCCGGAUCCUCUUCAGAGAACAGCAGCAAGCCCGACACAACUCUGGGCACACAAUCGCCGUCGGACAUCUCGAAGAGCACCAACGGUCUGUCCCGCAGUGAACCUUCAAGCAAUCCAACAUCAAUGUCCAACCCAACGGAAGAAGCACUCAGGGGCCCGACGUCGUACACAUCGCCUACCAUCAAGAGGGAAACCCACAGCAACCCCAAUACGGGGCAGACCAUCACGACGACGACGACAACGACGACGACGACGACGACAAUCACUGGCCAGGACGGCGCUGAGAAAACCAUAAUCGAACGGCCGCAUGAUAAAGCCACCGAGCUGCCGACGGGCAUUGAGCCCCCUACCCAGGUAGAACAGGACGAACAGAUGCCAGGAGCUUCCGGAGCGGGCCUUGUUCCGCCCCAAGAGCCGACCUCGCCCAUGACCCCGGUGGAGGCAAGGAACCCACCUCCCGUGAUACCGGAACGGAAUGCCAGACGGUCUCUCGAGGGUAUGCCCAAUCAGACGAGGCCUCUCGCAACCGCCAUGCAGCCCCAAGAAGGCUUCAGUCCGUCGGACCAAGGACCGCAGCACUAUGCACAUCCGUCAAACCAACCAUUGCCGCACGAGGCGCAGGGAAAUAACGCACGGCUCGGCAGCAACAGUACACCAAAGGGUCUAGGGUCAGUAAAGACUUUCGACAACCUGAAGCGGGCUGCGGCCGGAGUACAUGGUGCCGGUGAUCUCCUGCGCGGGACGUUCAACUCCUCCAUCGACAAACGGUUCCAUGAGCCCGACAGCGUAGCGGUCCAGAAGAACGAGGACGUCCUCGAACGGGGCCGUUACGAGGCGGGGAACCAGCGUUUCCACCACCCGGAAGGGGCCAUGCCUCCGCUGGACCAGAUACAAGAGACAUACGAGCCCUCUGAGCCCGACUACCCUUCAUCGUCCCAGCAGCUACCAAUCCCGCCAUUAGCACCUCGGGAGAGUCGAUUCAGCGGCAUGUUCAAGAAGGACAGAUCGCCGAGCGUAGGCCCGCCAGACCCUCCAAGAAAACUCAAGAAGAUGAGAGGCGUUGCCUGA